AUGUCCAGGAGGGUCCUGAAUUCCGGCAAUUCAACGUCGGAGAUGAUUGUAGCGGAGAGGAGUGUUGAACUCGGGGUGGCGAACUCCGAUCUACUCCGCGCACCAGGGGUUGAGGUAUAUUCUUCACCAAGGAAGAUUAUCAUUUCGCAGAAGCCAUCGCGGCAAGCGUCCGUGGAGGCCCGAGCGAGCAACCCUUCAAUUGAAGGUGCUCCAGCUGAAACGGCUGGAGGUGCCACUGCUAGCCGGGAAGCCGCCGCAGCUUGCGAGGCGGAAAAAGACGUGAUCUGCACGUACCCAGUGCUCACAGAUGCUGGCAUUGUCCAAGCGUCCGUGAUUUGCAUGAAAGAUGGUUAUGUGCUGCCGGUCAUCGAGCACGGCCCAGGGGUAGGAAUACCUGCCCUCUCAGUGAAGGGAGAAGUUGUGGUGAUUGCCCCUGAGGACGUUGGCCAUAAACGUUGGAAGUGUUCUCCGGUGGUGGGCGACAGUGAAGCAAGUACUACAGAUCCGGAUCCCGCGUCCGACAGUUUUUCUCAUGCUUCGCACGAGAACCAUGAGAACCAUGAGCCCAGCGACUCCGGCAGCGCGCCGGGGGCGGUGAGCCCGCGGAUGGAGGAGGCAGAGCUAUUGAGCAGGUUGGGCAAGCUUUCGCGAAGACCGCUGGAGGUGCUCCUGUCCCUGCAACAAGAGCAUCGCAUCAAGAAACAGCAAUCCCAUGAGCCACAAGCACUGAAGAGGACAGUGCCGAAGGACCCGGACACAAUGGCUUGUCAAGAGCUGAUGAAUUGGUUGAUCCAUAUUGCCAAAGAAAGGAACUACGCCCAGGAGAACGAGUUUUCGGACUUGGAUCUCGGGGCCUUCGCUAGUGCCUUGAAGAAGCCCAAAGUGAUGCAGGAAGUAGCCAGGAUCAUUCGUGACUCGCAGGCUCCCGUUGGAGGCUACCGUCAGUUUGACCCCAACGCUGGGCAGACGCAAAAGGUAAAGGUGCCAUUUGAUUCUUCAGUGGUGACCUUGUUCCUCAAGAACAUCCCACCCUCUGUGAGGCAGCUGGAGCUCCUUGAUGAGGUGAAGACCCGUGGCUUCGAGGGAAAACUCGACUUCCUUUACUUGCCCUGGAGCAAGAAGGAAGGCAAGAACGAAGGAUAUUGCAUUCUGAGCUUCGUGGAUGGUCGUGAUGCUCAAGACUUCUUCUUGGAGUUCUAUGGGAACUUUUUGACGUCAGCACCCGCCAGCAGCAAGAGCCUCUCCGUGUGCGAAGUUCCCAACAUACAAGGCUUGAAGGCGCUCCACGGUGAGUUCGGGCACCUCAGCAACCAGGACCCAGAAUAUGACCCACUCUUCCUGCGUCAAGUGGCAGCAAAGCCUCGAACUCACCUGCCACAGGCCGACUUCGAAGCACAUGGAGAGUCAGCUUGCAUUCAUUGCCGGACUCGUCUACACAGAGGCCAAACUCAUUGUCCUCGCUGUGGAGCCAGUGUCAAGGCAAGACCGCCACGAGCACGAACAGGGUUGCGAUAG